AGUUUAUAUUUAAUCGCAAUGAAGUAAACAUCGGUGUCAUUUCAAUAAAACAUUUGAAACGGUGUCAUCAUGAAGAUUCUAACGAGUUUAGCGGUUAUAUCGCUGGCGGGCCUCGUUUUCAGCGCCCCAACUAAUGACGAUAACGAUAAUGAAAAAUUAAUUAUAACAAAGAGCAUGUUUAACAAAGAGCUGGUUAAAUACACAGGAUCGCAUGAAAUCGUCAAGAUAUUAUUGCCCUUAAACAGCCUUAACUUUGAUGAAGACGACUCAUCUGAAUCUAAUUCUCACUCAAAUGAAUCUGACUCCGAUGACAUCAUUAUUUUCUUCGUUGAAGCUGACAUAGAUUCGGAUGGCAAAUAUGUAGACCAAGGUCUAUAUGUGUUGAAGAAAGGAAAGGCGACCAAAAUCUUAAAUCACGGUAGAGACGCAGCUGCCUCCAGUGACAACAGCACAGAAGUCUUCUUCGGAGCCGCUGAUGGAAUUUACACUUACAACAAAGAAAAGAACACCGCCGAAAAAUACGGUACAAUCGAUGACAGCAUAAUUGGUAUUGCUAAAGAAUCAACCGGUGAUGUAAUCUACAUCCUGACUGAGAAUCACGAAGUGUACAAAGUAUCAAACAAAGGUACAAAAAAAGAGAAAUUAGAUGACGUAGUUAAUGCAAAACAAAUUGUUCUGGACCCUUCCAACAAUUUAUACUUCUACUCCGAUGAUAAGAAACCGUACACCCGCACACACGAGGGUGUCAAGAAAAUUGAAGGUCUUCCAGACAAUCUCAGCUCUCAAAGCAGCGUGACUCUCAUCAAACCACCUUUCAUGAUAGAAAAUGGAGUUGGAUUCGUUAUUGAAAACAACGUUUACAUUAUCUACGCCAACGGAACGAGUGAAGAGGCAGGAUUUGAGUUCAAAUCUAAGGCUAAGCCCUCAGCGUAUGCCCCAGAAGCAGCUUUAAUACAAUAUUACGCUUUAAAUAAAAAAAUCUACGAAUUCAACGUUCUGACCAUGCUUAUGAGUGAAAUCGUCGACGAGUUAAAAGAAUUCUUAAAUGACAAAUCUGAAGAUAUAAAAUCAAUCUCAAAGAAAUCACGCUUCAGUCACCGUCAAAACGCUUAACUUCGAUUUGUGAAUAACUUAUUACAAUAUUCUUAUUAAAACAGUUUAAAUUUUU